AUGGCACCCACUGGAGCUGGAGAAGGGGGUUCUACUCCUGGAACGAAGAUCAAGGGCAAGCCCAAGACCAAGAGCGUGCACCACCUUCUAGCGCCGCCGACAGCAUUGGCAGUGGCAUCGGCACCAGCAGCAACGGCUUCUCCAGCAGCAGGUUUCUGUGAUAUAAAGCUCUUUCUUGACGACUGGUGCUGUAGUGGAGAUGCUACAAUUAGAUUUAUGACAAUUGCUAUGAAUGACAAAUUUGACAAAUAUUGGCAGCAGUCCAACAUUGCUCUAGCUGUAGCUUGUUUUCUUGAUCCUAGGUAUAAGAAAAGGUUGAUAGAGUACUACAUGAAGAAGUUCUAUGGUGAUCAUUAUCAAGUUGAACUUGAUGAGUUUGUUACUUUGGUAAAGAAACUGUACAACUUUUAUGUUAAAUUUGCUCCUGCAUCAUCAAAGAAAAAUAGUAAAGGGGCUGCACCUAGACCUAGUAACACAGCUGAUAUAUUAAUGGAAAAUGUAGACCAUGACCUAGAAGAAUUCUUAUAUGAUGCAAGUGAACCUGCUAUGGUUGAGUCAAAUGAGUUGGAGAGGUAUAUUGCAGAACCACUUCUGAAAAUUGUUGGUGAGUUUGACAUCUUAGCAUGGUGGCAAAAUAAGAGAGAACAAUAUCCUAUCCUUUCGCAAAUUGUUUGGGAUGUAAUGGCUAUAGUAGCAUCCGAGUCUGCUUUUAGUGCUGCUGGUCGUGCUGUUGAUCCCUAUCGUAGUCGUCUUGAUCCUGAGAUGGUACAUGCAUUAAUUUGCACAAAUUAUUCGGUUGCUGCAGCAAGAAAAGAUUCUAAAAUGGUUGGAUCAAUUGUGACUGAUCUUGAUGUUGAGGCUUUGGCUAAGGUUGUGGCUAAACUAAAAAUUGAGGAAAAGGACAAGGAGGGGGAUGAGAAGCAAAAGACAUGGAAAGUGAUCCUGACCUCAUGGAUGAUGCUGAUGAACCGUAGAUGUUUUGUUAUCUGUUAG